UAAGUUGUCAGCCAGAGAGGGAGGAGGUUGACGCUCGCGCUCCCAACCUGGCAACAGUGAAUUUGUUACUAAUUUCUCCCUAUUCUCGACUACGAAACGAACUAAGGCGUCAUGUGGUGAUUGCCUCUCUGGUGGAAGCUGAGUCGAUAAUUUUAUAGGAUUUAUCUAGUCUUACGCAUUAAGAACCUAAACAAGAAUGUCACGAGCAAACAUGGCCGCCGCGUCGUCCGAACACUCCAACGUGACAUCGACUUCGGCUAGAAUUAAACGCCUACCAUCCACCCACAGCAACGGUAACGGCAACAGUAACAGCACAACGGGGAAUAAACAGCAACAACAAAAACAGCACAAGAGGCAAUGCUGUUCUCACCAUUUAAACAGCGUGUGGUCGAUAUGGUAUUGCCUGGUCACACUUGGAUUCACUGGGUAUUUGGUGUUCGCUGGGAUAAAGAGAUUCCUCAUGUAUGCUUCGCUUCCCUGGCCCCAAGAUGAACAGCCGUACGUCGAACUGAACGCGUACGUGGGCUUAGUAGGAGCGUCCGUGGUCGUCUUGCCCUUUUUCCUGGUGACGUCAGCGGUCAAAGUGGGCAAUUUGGGCAAUGAUGGCUUCAAGUUAGGGGCAAGUCUGUCUACCUGUACACGAGACCCACCUCCUGUCUUGUCUGUGGCGCCGGGUAUAGUGAGGAAUUUGUGGCUACACGGGGUUCCUACAGCGCCGUUCCUACACCUGGUGGCCGCCUUCUGCUUACUGCUCGGGACCAUCAUGGACGCCACGCUCAUCUCUGCUGGGUUCCUACCUAGAGACGAGAUAUGGCGAACAGAUCUGGACUUCCUCGUACCCCACAACGACCGCCUUAUGGUACUCCACGUCAACGCCACCAUCAAAACUGAGCUUCCAUCGUCCAUCCGCGACCCCACACUCCUUCCAUCCAUCAAUUCAGAGACCACAACAGUGAACCCCAUACAGGUCAACAGCUUCCAGAAACGCCCCAAUCCGAAGUUGAUUCCGACGAGUGGUGUUCGAGUGGGAGAGUUGACGGCUGGUGUUCGAGUGGGAGAGUCAACGGCUGGUGUUCGAGUGGGAGAGUCAACGAGUGGUGUGAGAGUGGGAGAGUCAACGAGUGGUGUGAGAGUGGGAGAGUCAACGAGUGGUGUGAGAGUGGGAGAGCCAACGAGUGGUGUGAGAGUGGAGGAAAGGUUCACUAAAAUAGGGAACAACCCCUACGACCCACAAGCCCUAGAGAGAAGAGGUCCACCCAUUCCGGACUCAGUGGUUAAGGAUGGGGGGAAGAUCUCCUAUGCCAGGCUACCGGAGGACGGGAAGUGGAGUCCGCUGUCACCCGAACUACUCAAUUACACCAUUGCUCUCCUGGUGUUCGCUAUCAGGUAUCCAUCAGUCUUCUGGCAUACCAACAAGGCAUUUGGUCUCCUCUUCUCCCUCCAGUUGAUAGUGAAUGGCAUCCACACUAUCCUCACCAUCACUGCCUUCACCAUACUCUACAAGCUUCACGUGUGUAACAGUGCGAAAGAACUCCAUGGCAGCGAGAAUUUCCUCCUCAACUUACCGUCGACGGUCGGUCUCCUAGUGGUCUCCGUAAUGGUGGUGACCGUGUCGUCCUCCGCUAUAUAUUUCUACGGCUAUCAGAGGUUUACCGACUUUGUGGUGAAGAGCCGACAGCGAUAUCAUAUAACAUACGAGAAUGAGCCGGGAUCUGUCAGGCCGUACGCACCACACUGCGCCGCCCUUGUUGUCCUGGUGGCUCUGGGGGUCUCCCACGGGCCGCUGCUCUGGGAUCUGUCACUGGUGUACAGGGGGUCGUUAGAUGCCGUCGUUCUGGCCGCUGUCAUCGGUACAAUCGUUCACCUGUUUCUGUGGAUUGUUCUGUGGCUGUUGUUGACUGUUAAGUCAUCGUGGACGUUCAAGCUCCGAGUGACUGUAGCCCGAGCGUGUGUAUCGUCCGCUCGUUCCAUCAAGCUGGUGAACGACGUGGAACUGGCCUCGGCGGACCCUCAACGACAGGCUCAGACCCCGCUGUUGGUGGUUGGGUUGGGGAAAGCCUAUGCCAUUAAUGACUCCACUCCCAAAAACACCAUAAUGAACGUAGUGCAGAAGACACACCAGGAGAAGCGAGCACGGGGAGAAGAAGAGGAAAUCUAUUGGCUACGGCCGAGCCAGCCCACACACGGCCAGGGCAAACCCAUGUCACCCCGGGCCAAGGUCACCUUUGACGAGGGCGGCAUCGUUACGUCCCCCAGGAAAGGCAGACUAACCAAACAGCCCAAAGUCGAAGAGUCAACUUACCGCCGCGUCACAACACUAUCAGACUCGGAGGACGAGGCCGGAGACUACGCCCUGUUGACAGAGACCUCGGAGACCACUAACGAGCCACGACACAACGGAGACCCGAGAUAUGUAGACAGACAACAGAUUCUUGCUUACCGCCGUGUUAUGGAGGCAAAGAUGUCUGCCACUCCCAUCACCACCAGAACAACCACCACCAACGCCACAACCGUCUCAGAUUACGAAGACGCGGAUCACAUCCACCUGCGCAGCCCCCUCACCUCCCAUCACCUCGAGUCUCAGGGCCCCAUGACUCCACGCAGCACACGGAGCAACGACUCAGGGAUGGUACACGAAGAUCGCUCUCAACGCAGCGACUCUGUGUCCACCUCCUCCUCUAACACCCCUCCAGAGAAUUCCGAGGAGUCUGGGGUCCACUCUGGGGCCACGGACAUUAUGAGAAAUAGGUCCAACAGCGUGGAUGACCUCACACAACUGCCUCCAGACUCCAGCCACGUAAUGGCCCCACCAAAGGCCAUGUCAAUGCAGCGUCCACCGAUGAGCUCCUCUCCCGGCAGCCCCUACGGAUACACCUGUGUUGCGGGGAAUGUUGCCGGGACGGUCUCGCCAGUGCCGGGCUCCGUCCUGUACCCGGCAGCCGAGUCGACCGUGGUGAUCCGGAGGCAACGCAAUCUGACCCAGGAGAUCAAGCCGCCCGUGGACCCGAUCUACGGCACGAGGCCCCUGACGUCCUUCACCGACCAACAGCAACUGGACGCCAAGAAGAAGAUCGUGAAUGAGGACUUGAUGGCCGUGGCACAGAACAAUUUUAACAGCAGUCAGUCGACAAACUCCAGCGGUUAUCACAGUGGCAGUGCCAACGUCAGCAGCGGCAGCAACAGUUCCAGUAAUUCUCCCGUUCCUCAGCAUCCAGCAGUCACAUUCGCCCCCGGACAGCCGAUAUACGGCCAGAAGACUCACAACGGCAUCCAGAGUAUCUACGGCCACACGGGUCGCUCCAGUCCAAGACUUAGUUCUCACGGUCCACAGAGCGUGUACGGCCGCACCACGUCGGGGUCCAGCGGGUCCCUCAAGCUGCCCCAGGCACCCCAGAUCCCUCUUCCCCCCAUCCCCCAGGGUGCCGUGCCAUCAAGUGCCAUUCACCAGAGUUCGCUUCAGGACAUUUACGGUCGGACGACCGGUCAAAAGAUUUACGGUCACCUCGGAGACUCCGGCAACAUGUACGGCACGGGGCUCGCGAGACAGCCCGUGGGUCGGUCGGUGAGCCUGAGAGCGGCAUCCGGUGCCGUCCCCAAGUAUAACACCGGAAGUUUUUCCCGUCUGACGCACGAGUCUAAAUACAACACAAACGUGUGAGGACGGUCGGCGUGGACCCGGAGCGUUGUCGUCGCCGUGCCAGACUCGGUGUUCCCUCUAGUACAACACCGACACAAACUGUCUCACACAGUAACCCGGGAGUGUGUUGGAGCGGCCACUCCCGCCCUCGCUGCUCAACAGGAGAGAAACUUUAGUCCCGUCCACACCUGGUGAAUGUUUGGCCAAGGGUCAGUGUGAGCGUCCCUGGUCUUGUGUCCUGUAAGGAAUAAUAAUCUUACAUACAUGUUUGUGCAGUACUUCUUAAGAUAGUACAGUAAAUUAAUCAAUAUCAUAAGUCAACAUAUCAGUACAGUAUGGCUCACAGUAUUACUUGUAGCUACACAUCUACUUUAUUAAGGGCCAAAGUUAUCAUAUAUUUUAUUAUCUAAUAGAAUUUGGGUUAGUGUAAAUUACUUUAUUAGAGAAGUGUGAUGGACGAACAACAUUUCUUAAAGCAGUAGUAAAGGAGAGUCACAGAAUAUUAUUUAAAGGAAGAUGUAUUUGUCCAUGUACAUCAACACAGCCCAAACAUCUUAUUAUUGGGGUUUAAAAACAUGACUGUUACUGGUAGAUGUGAAUCCCAGGCCAAGAUGUUAUGACAAGGCCUGUGGUGUUGGAGGGUCACUGCAGGUGUUCAAGGCUCACUGCAGGUCUUCAAGGUUCACUGCAGGUGUUGGAGGUACUACUUAUCACUUGAACACAGUCAGUUCCUCCUCCAGUAUGCCACAAACACCACCACCACACACCUCCCAACAGUCCUCAUCAGUUCAACCUCAAAUAAGGGUAAUAUCAUAUCCUCACUACUACAAACUGAACCUACUUAAGAAAAUAUUAUAAUUAUAUAUUGUUGCGCUACUUUGUAAAUAGUUUAACAUCAGUCAUCUUCGUCUUUAGUCACCUCAUUCCAUUCAUCAUUUUCUAUUUCUUAUCUUCCUGUUUUUUGGUUGCAGUUCAAUGUAUGUCCAUUGAGGGAAUGUUUUUAUUUAUAGUUCAUUUAUAAUGGCUGCCAGAAUGACUUGGUGUAUUCACAGAGGCAUUAACUCUAGCUGGUGAUGAUAAUAUUAGUAUGAAAACACCUCAAUAUUAUCUCCCUCCCCCAUUUAUUUCACCUUAAGAUUAACAACACUAAUGCUAACCUAACUUGACUUAACCUACCCAACCUAACCCAAUCCGACCCUACCCUACCUAACUCAACCCGACCCUACCCAGGUAGCAUAAAGGUGUCACUGAUCAUCAGGUGAAUCAAAGUCCAAUAUCAUUCUCAAGUACUGUAUGUGAUAUAUUCAAGUCUAUGCUUAGAAAAAUAAAUAAGUGAAUCACAUUUAAGUACAUAACAUCAGUUAGUACUUACAGGGGAAUCAAUAACUCCCUUUUAAGUACACUAUUACUUAUGGUUUAUUCAGAUAAUUUACUUACAAUCACUAUUAAGUAAUUGAUCUAUUAAGCUGUCAUAAAGUAAAUAUAAUGAUUCACUUUUAAGUAUGUAAGUGAAUAUAUUGGACCCCUUUCCUAAAACAGUCCUCGGGUCACUCUCGACGCGGAAAGUGAACUGCGAGGAACGGAAAAUGGUGUUUUUGUUGUGAGUUUCUGUUGCUGGUGAACGGAAGUCAAGAAUAUGGCUUAACACUGUACAGGGUGUCUCAUAGGUCACCCAUAUGUGUACAGGGUGUCUCAUAGGUCACCCGUCUGUGUACAGGGUGUCGCAUAGGUCACCCAUAUGUGUACAGGGUGUCUCAUAGGUCACCCAUAUGUGUACAGGGUGUCUCAUAGGUCACCCAUAUGUGUACAGGGUGUCUCAUUGGUCACCCAUAUGUGUACUGGGUGUCUCAUAGGUCACCCAUAUGUGUACAGGGUGUCUCAUAGGUCACCCAUAUGUGUACUGGGUGUCUCAUUGGUCACCCAUAUGUGUACUGGGUGUCUCAUAGGUCACCCAUAUGUGUACAGGGUGUCUCAUAGGUCACCCAUAUGUGUACUGGGUGUCUCAUCGGUCACCCAUAUGUGUACAGGGUGUCUCAUAAGUCACCCAUAUGUGUACAGAGUGUCUCAUAGGUCACCCAUAUGUGUACUGGGUGUCUCAUAAGUCACCCAUAUGUGUACAGGGUGUCUCAUAAGUCACCCAUAUGUGUACAGGGUGUCUCAUUCUGUUAAUUUUUUUAAGUUAAUAAUAUAUUCAGUAUUAUGUUCUUUUAGCCAAUGAGUAAUUAACAUGUUGGAUAUUAAGUUCUUUUGAAUUAUCAUAUAAAUUUUAAGUUAACCAAAGAGAGGAAAUUUAUAUUAAUGUUUAUUAUAUAUAUUAAUGUGUAUAGAAAUGUGUACAUAAUUGAAUUUGUAUUGAGGAUAAAUUUAAUGUGUCAAAUAUUAUUUUUUACUUGUUAAUUUUAAUGCAGUGAGUGAGGGAAAUGCGUCUAUGUAGAGUCGAGGUCAAAAGUUCGCUCCCUCGGAAAAUGAAACAACGUCGACCACAAGUGAGAUUAAAUAACACACACAAAGCUCCCACAGUCUGGGUAAGCAAGUUCGAAGACUCUCUGUGACUCGUUUAACCAAUGGAGUAAACUUUUUUAUCCCCUACUCUACCCACUGGUUAGCUAGCUUGACCACAUAACAGCUAAAAAAGUUCACGUUCCCUAAAGAAAAAUGAUCGUCAGAAUGUUUUUUUAUUUAUCAAUGUUCACGUUUGGUUUGAUUAUAAAAAGUCUCAAGGUAAAUUUCUCAUUAAUCGAUGUACACGUGCUCAAAAAAAAUAUACGUACGAUUGAGUGAGACAAUACGACACAAUGUAUGAAGGAUUCUGGCGACCCUAGAGACACCAGGGGUCAUAGUGUUCAUAUUGAAACUUAACGUACACCUCUGUAAGGAUACGUAAUUGAGUGAGUUUGAUCUGAAAGACCUGUAACAUAUAACCCCCUCGGUAUUAUUCAUGUGUGCUAUUCAUUCAUCAUUGUAUUAUAUAAAUUUUCCCAUUCAUUUGGAAAUUAUUCAUUGUAUCUACAGUAUAAUGACUUAGAUAGUUAUGAAGAAGUAAAUAGGAAAACCUGUGCUGUAUUGUUGAUUGAAUUACUGAUACUAUUAUGAUUAGUUUACAUUUGAUGGGCUGUUGAGGAAUAUUAUGUCACAAUCUUUAAAUCCAUAGGGAUGGUUUUUCCCUGUUGUUAGGUUAGGUUAGUAUUGGGUCACUGUUAGGGUAUUCUAUUGCAUUACAUUAAGUUAGGUUGGGACAGCUUAAGUUAGAUUACCAUUAGGUUGGGUUAGGUUAGGUUAGGUUGGGUUAGGUUAGGUUAGUGUGUAUAAUAUGUAAACCAUUUAAUAUUUUAGCAGUAAUGAAAAUUAGGGUGGGGGGGCUCUCAAAGUAUGAUUCCAAAGAUGAAAACGAGAAUAAAAUUUGAUGCCAAAAUUUUCUUGUCAGUUUUGGUGGUGUCAAAGUUGGUCAUAUUUAGUCUAAUUAUUAAAGUUGAUGAAUAAGAGGUAUGUGAUGUGUUUAAAUUUGUGUGUGUGUCUGUUUUUCUGUCUUUGUCCAUCUGUCUUAUUAUCUCUCUCUGUCUAUCACUCUUUCUCUCUGCAUGUCUGUCUGCCUGUCUAUUUCUCUCAGUCUCUCUGGUCUUUCUCUCACUCAGACACACACAGACACACCUAACUAAUCCUAGCUAAUAUAACCAAAUGUAUUCCUUAUUGCAGUAACAAAUUGAUCUCAUAUUUACAAUUUAUAUCUUCUGUGCCAAACAUUUUACCGUCAGUGUUGUUUGGGCCGCGUGUCAACCAAAGGAACAAGUACGGUGGUAAUGGUGUAGGUUUAAGGACUUUGUGUAUUUGUGUACAGUAAGAUAUAUAUAUACUUCUGGGUCUAGGUGUAGCGAGUGUCAGCUGAGUCAGGCUGUUGGGUGCGGUGCUUGUUGUGGAUUAACCCUUAAAUAGCGGCCAUCAUCAGUGGAAGUUAGCUGUAGAGAUGGCAGCCAUCAUCGGUGGAAGGUAGCUGUAGAGACGGCGGCCAUCAUCAGUGGAAGUUAAGUGUAGGGACGUCGGCCAUCAUCGGUGAAAGUUAGCUGUAGGGACGGCAGCUAUCAUCAGUGGAAGUUAGCUGUAGAGAUGGCAGCCGUCAUCAGUGGAAGUUAGCUGUAGGGACAUCGGCCAUCAUCGGUGAGUGCUUCAUGAUCCCUGUGUUCCAUUUUUGCACAUAUGGUCCGUGUGUUCCAUUUUUACACACAUCAGGAGGAGUAGUGUAGUAGGAAAUCCUUAACUAUCAAUGUAGGGUUAGGUGUUGUGAGGAACACUAUGGCCAGACAGAUAGCAGUAGCAGCCACAUUAGCCAUGAAAUACUCAGGCCUGUUACAAUUAUUUAUGUCAACAAACACAAAUAAUGAGACACAUCGUCAACCUUGUAUGAUCACACAUGGUGGCUUACUCGAUUACAGGUCAUGGUACUGUAGUUAUGUGACCCCGUGACCCUUUGUCUGCUCUCAGCUGUGGAGGCAAGGAGGAGGAGGAAGAGGAAUUCUCUGACCUUAACAUUAUUCAACACUUUUUAAAGCUUUACAUAAAUGUUGAAAGUCAGGAUUAGUCAGAACAAGAAUUAGUGUAUAGUUUUCUAUCAGCUUAAAUGUACCUCAGUGUAAUCUCCCGCUAAAUGCUGAGGGAUGUUCUGAAUGCUGCACGGGGGCGUUCGAUGCUUUUGUUGUAGGGAUUCUGUUUAGAGGGAACAGUCCACCUACCCGUGUCGUUCUUUGUGUCGACUCCCACAGUACUUGGAAUAUAGAGGCAUCUGUUCCCAGGGGCCAGACAGCCGAAAUUUUCUGAUGGAGACGACUCAGCGCUCAUGUACAAAGUAUGGUCUGCCCUCCAAUUUCCUGUGUCGAGUACAAUAAAUACACGGUAAAAACGCAGUGACUAAUGAACCGGUGUUACCUUAUGUGCUCGAGGUAACGUUGGAUGUCAGUCAUGGAAGUUGCUGGUGUCGUUUGUGCUUCAGUCGUUUGUCCACGUGGCGUCAGUAAACGUUUCUUUCACCGUACGACUCGUUAAGGACCAAUUAUAGGUGUGUGUAUGUGUUUCUCAUUUGCUUGGACGGCUUAUCUAGUCUAUUAUUUGAUAUAAAAUGGCAUUUUGACCUGAUGGGGGUCGUUACUGUACGUACAACCCAAAGACAGAAAAAGACUCGGCCUGAUACAGAACAGUGCUGCACUGUAUCAGCUUACUAUGUAUAAUUGGAGGAAUUAUUUUUAUAAUUAUGCUAAAAUUACUAAAAAUAUGGACAGUGUUUACAGAAAUACCUUGAUGUUUGUGUUAUACUGUACAUCAACAACAUGCAUAUACUCGGUACACCAAUAUUGUCUACACAUAACCAUAUUCUUCACAGUGUCCUCGGAGACAUUAUCCUGACACUUGAAGGAGGAAUGUUAAGCAUGGACCACAACCAGCCUUAAUUUUUUCCUCUCCCAGGUCACCACAGUUGAUUAAAACUGAUGCAUUGAAUUUUUGUGUUUAGUGUGUGUUAGUUUGUUGAGGGACUGUAAACACAAACAUUAAGGCACUGUUUAUGUGUGUCUACUUACACUGUGUAUGUGUACCUAGUUACACUGUGUACAUGUGCCUACUUACACUGUGUGUGUGUGUGCCUACUUACACUGUGUAUGUGUGUCUAUUUAACCUGUGUACAUGUGCCUACAUACACCAGGUUUAAGUAACAAUCCUUACUACCCAUGUUAUAAUUUGUCAUUGUUUUUUAUGAAGAUUGUCUAUGUGUAAUUGUUUCAUCUCCACAUAAUGGCAUCAUUGUACUUGUAUGAAGUAAUAAAACUCUUCAAAACUGA